GAUGGCGUGAAGAUAGCAAACCAAAGAAAAAUGUCAAAAGGAAACUAAUAAUUUCAGCAGAUGGUGACUCACAGAUGACUGCAGAUACAGCUCUACCAAAACAGGAUGCAAUUGCUGUUAAAAAAACAAAAAAAGCAAAACAUGAUCGGGUGGAAACCCGAAGUGGCAAACACGCAAAAACGACGCAUAAGUGGCCUAAAUUAAAAACACGUUCGUCACCUAUGCAGUUGUUCAAAUGCAUCAAGUCUCUAACGAGGAACCAACAAGAAGACGUUAAUAGGAUGGGUUUUGGAAAAAUGUUGUCAUUCAACAUCAGUGGGAUACCUCUAAAAAUUGCCCACUAUGUUGUGGACCACUUUAACCCAGAAGAAAUGGCUAUUGAAUUGCCAUGUGGGUCAAUAGAUGUUGAUGUUCAGUCUGUCCAUGACCUUCUAGGGAUUCCUAAGAAGGGCAUAGACAUGCAAAAUGUACGAACAUAUUCAAAGCUUGAUGUUGCUGUUGAAGCAUGGAGAAAACGAUAUCGUAAACGAUUUGUGGCACCAACGAACCUGGCACGAUCUAUACUCACAAGUGAUGAAGCCAACAGUUUUGAUUUCCGACUGGACUUCCUGAUGUUAUUCUUAACCGUCAUGGUUGAGUGUAACAAAAAUGGGCGAAUGAAAGAGUGGAUUUUGAAAACUUUUAGAGGAGACACGGAUUUUAGUAAAAUCAAUUGGUGUGCCUAUCUGAUCCAACAAAUCAAAUCAUGUAAAGAUGGCUGGAAGAGUUGUGAUCCUGAAUCUCCAUUUUCUGGACCACUCACACUUUUGGCUUUGCUAUAUGUCGACAGAGUUAAAUGCACAGGAUUUCCAGUUGACCGGACAAUAUACCCAAUCGUAUUCUGGAGCAAAUACGAACUGAAAAAAAGAGAACGGUUUGAGAUAAAAAGAGGUGGCUUUGGUGGAGAGGAUUUGCAUGAAGUUGGUGUGGUUAGACGGGAUCCAAGAAAAACAGAGUUACAUGCUAAUGAUGAAGUUCUGAGUAAUGAGAUUGCAUUGAUAGAAAAACAUUUGGACGUGAUGGAGGCGAAAAGAGUUACGGUGCAAAAAAAAAUUGGAAGUAGUGUUCAAUGCUCAUCCAGACAACGAGCAAGUUAAAAAAUUGAUACAACGAUUUGAGAAAAUUGUACACUCAAAAAAAACAAGGAUAUCGCUGUGGCCUGAUUCCCCAAGGGAAAAAAUUGCUGGGGUGCUCAUGUCUCUUAACAAGACAGUCCAAAAC